AUGCUGAAGAUCAAAUUUUUUUGUUACAGAUUCGAAAUUGAAAAGAAAGCUUUGACUGAAAGAUGUGAAGAGCUGACCUUGACAUUGGAACAAGCCGAUAAGGAGAAAAAUGAAAUGGCGCAAAAACUAUCUCGCCUUCAACAAGAAAUGCUUGAAAAAUGUGAUGCACUUCAAAUAGAGUUGAACGAAGCUAAAAAAUUGAGAGAAGAAACACAAAGAAAGUACGAUGAUGUUGCACAGAGAACUGAACAAAUUCAAAAAGAGUUAGAAGAAAGCAAGAAAUCAGUUGCGAGUGACAAAGAAGCAUUUGAGAAAGAAAAGGAACAAGAGAAUGCAGAACAACUUAACAAAGCUUUGGAAAAAUUGGCUGAAGAGCAACAAGUUCUUGAAAAUGUCACCAAAAAGUUGGAGAGAUCUGAAGAAGAAAUGGCGUCAUAUCAGAAAGCUAUCGAUGAGUUGACACAGACGUUGGAAGUGUCUCAAAAAGAAUUGAGUGAUGCUAAAGAAGAAUUAGAUGCGGUUAAUGUAAAACUGGACAGUUCGGAGACAUCUCUCAAAGAUUUUUCUGACCUCGUUGACUCGCUGAAACUUCAACUUGUCACUUCGGAGAAACAGAAAGACGACGCUGUGGAGUUGUUGAAGCAGAAGCUUGAGGACGUGGAAAAGAACCUCGGCGAAGUUGGCGUUCAAAAGCAACAUCUCCAAGAAUCAAUGACUGCCGAGCUCAAAACACGCGCAGAAUCAGAAGAAGCACUUAAGAAACAACUCGAAGAAGCACAAGUUACGAUUGAAAACCUCAACAAAGAUGUCAACAACGAACGAAAUUUAAAAGCAGCUUUAGAAUCAGACGAAAAUGCAGUGGUUACGGAAAUCAAAAAACAAUUGGAGACUGCCAAGCGAGAACUCGAAAUAAGCGAAAAAGAAAAGGCAGCUCUACGUGAACAAUCCCAACAACUUCAAAAAGAGCUUUACGCUGGAAAAGAGGAAAUUCAGAAUCUACAGAAAACAUGGGAGAGUGAAAUGAGGAAGAUUACAAAUGCUUCUGAAGAGAUGAACUCUGCUCGGAAGCAACUUCUAAAAGAACUCGAAGAACUGAAGGAGAUCAUGAAAGAAAAAGAAGCGGAGAAAAGUGCAGAAAUUGAGAAACUUGAAAAUGCUGUGAAAAAUUCCGGAAUACAACAAGAAACCGUAUGCUCAAAAGUUCAAAAUCUUGAAGCAGCAUUGAAGAAAUCAGAAGAGAAAGUUCUGGAACUCACGAAUGCUGCAACUAAUGUUUCCUCCGAGACUGAUAAGCAUACCGAACAACUUUCAAUGCUCCGAAAUUCACUUGAAGAAGCUGAACAAUUUAUCCAAAAAUUAAAAACCGAAGUUACCACCCUCACAACUGCGCUCGAAAUUUCAAAUUCCUCUUUGGAAGCCUCUGAAGUUAAAAUUCAAGAAAUUUCUAAUCAAAUCUCUUCUCAUUCGGCCAAGCAUUCCGAAGAAACUCAACAACUUCGUACGUCCCUCAAUGAAGCAGAAAAUCUCCAAAAAUCAUCAAAUGAUGAAAUUGCACGACUCCAAAAGGCUUUAGAAGAAUCUGACGAGUUUUCCAAAACCAUUCAAAAAAAAUUUUCGGAUCUUGAGCAACAGGAACAGUUGAAGUCUUCUGAAGAAUCGGUGCAGAUACAAUCUAUGCAAAGGUCACUUGACAUUGCAAACGAAGAAAUUCGCAACCUCCAACAGAACGUUGAAUCUCUAACAUCUUCAUUGGAUUCAGCAACCGAAAAUACACAAUUAAUGAAUGUCGAGAUAGAAAACUCGAAGUCUUUCAAUGAAACUUUGAAAGAUAAGUUAGAGAAAUUGGAAAAAGAAAUACAAGCUAGAGAGCAAAAUGAAAAAGCUUUAACUGAAGAGAUCAAUGUUCUGACUGCAACUCUGUCUGAAAAAGAACAGCAAUCUGCCCAAAUUAUCGACCUUCAAACCAGAUUGCAGCAGAUGGAAAUUGAAAAAGAAGAAAAGGUUGAAUCAGUCCGUGUUCAGUUACAACAGGCUGCUCAAAGCUCGAGCUCUGCUGAACAGAUCACAGAAUCACUUCGCGCAGAAGUAGAUAACUUAAAAGCGAAGAUUAAAGAGAACGAAGAGGCGAAGAUUCAAAAAACAUCAACUGAGGAACAAAAAGUGCGCGAACUUAACGACUUGAAUGAGAAGAUGCGUGUCGAGUUCAUCGCGAAGGAGAAGAUAAUUUCCGAUUUACGUGCCGAACUCUCUAACAUAAACACAGAGCUUGUUGUUCAAAAAGCAACCGUGGAGAAGACAAAAAUGAAUUUGGAAGAAGUUGAGACGAAAGAAAAAAGAGCUGCUGCUAAUCGAGAGAAUGAAAAAUUAGAAGAGAUACGAUUGAGAGAAACUUUCGCCAAAGAGUUGGAGGCAACGAGUAAAGCCUUAGACACAAAGGAGACUGCAUAUAACGAGCUGAAGUUGAAAGCUGACAAUAAAAUCUCUAAGAUCAAGUCCCAGUUUGAAGAAAAGUUGAAAGCGGAAGCGGAGAAACAUGAGAUCGCUCAAAAAUUCCAGGAAGAAGCUGUUGAAUCUCGUAUCAAGAGUCUAGAAGCUACAACCGAGCAAUCAAAAUUAGAGUCAGAACAACGGUUGAGAAGUUUCGAAGAGUCUUUGAAAACUGCCAAUUUGGAGAACGAAGCAUUGAGACUAAAAGAAGAAGCGUCUGAGAAAGAGAAAAGUCACUGGGAAGUGGAAAAGGAGAUGCUCGAAGGAGAAGCGAAAGAACUCACUGAAAAGAUUGAAGGGUUGGAAUCAGAAGUCAAAAAACUAACAGCAGCUAAUGAGAGCAAGGCAGCAAAAGCUGAUACAGAUUCUAGAAAAGUGGUUCGUGAACUACAGAAAGAAGUGAAACAAUUGUACAACGAACUGAACGAGAAAAAUCAACAAUUUGAUAAUCUCCAAGAAGAACUAAACCGUCUCAAAACUUCGGGCGAAUCGUCUCAAAACGGUCAGCUUCAAGUUUCGAGGCAGCUGGAUGACGAUGACAAGAGAAGCGAAUUUUCGUACAAGGAAGAGAUUGCUUCACUCAAACAGAAACUUGACGCGUCUCUGAACGAAGCUGAUGAUCUACGAAUGCAAGUAUCACGAAGUGACAAAGGAUCCCGUUCGAAUGGUAGCGCAAUCAAAACAAAAACUCCAUCGAUGGAAUUACAUGGAAUUGCUGAUCCAGCUGAGGCAGAAUAUCUACGAAAUGUUCUUUAUCGGUACAUGACAAGUAGAGAAUCACUAGGAAAAGAGUCUGUGACUCUCGCUCGUGUCAUUGGAACAGUUGCUCGUUUCGAUGAUUCUCAAAUGAAGCAAGUCAUCAGCAGUGAAGAGUCACGACAAGCUAGCUGGGCAGCUGCAGUUGGUGACACAGUCAGUCAUGCUUUGAACAGAUAA